AUGCUCGAGGAUUUGGGUAAAGGCGCCACUUUUCCCUACUCGUUUUUAGAUUUUUCCACCAAUGUGGCCAUGCAUUCAGAGACCAAUGCGGAUUAUAUACUGGCAGUCACUCAUGCGCUGUGGCAUCAUGCAAGUAUCGGCCAGCUGAGUCAGGUCCCAGAGUAAGUAUAUUGUCAUCGACCCAUGGAGAAUUCACCUUCUUGUAAUUUAUCUGUUGAUACCCGCUUUAUGUGUUAAGUCUACCCUAUUUUUCUGAUCUUUCUUGUGUAACUAGUGAUGGAAAUAAGAAAGUCAACAUGAAAGGCAUUUGUGUUGAAUUGAAUUUGAAAAAAAAAGUAAUAACAAGUUUGUAACCCCGAGCACAUGUCGAGAAUCACAACUUUUAAAUAAUUAAAUAAAACCGGUUUUAAGCAAACUUACAGUUCAACCCCAACUUGGUUUUUCCCCCGAAUCGAAGCUCUCAAACUGCUUUGUCAGGUUCUGUGUUUUUGGUUUCAUUUUUGAAACAGUCAGCUUUCGUGAGCGAAAGAUGACGAUAACUGUCGAAAUUAAGAUAGAAGAAUUUUUCAGUUGCUACUACGGUGCUCAUUGCUUGGUUACUUGCAGAUUUUCCGUCUGCGUAUAAAUUAGUGCGGUGUUCAAAACAGUUUGCGUGAAGUGAAAAAGGUUUAUAAAAUCCCCUUUAUGAAAGAUCUGGCUGAAUCGUUAUUAAAAAACGUAGUGAAAUGGAAUCCAGUGAAAGGGAAAACCUUGAUUGAAAUGUGUCGCCAUCAUUACCUGUUGUUGUUCCUUUUCUUAUUUUUACCGGCAACAAAAUAAUAAUACUUAUAAUAAUAAUAAUGAUGAUGAUGAUGAUGAUGAUAACGAUGAUAAUGAUAAUAAUGAUGAUAUUGAUAAUAAUAAUAACAAUAAUAAUAAUAAUAAUAAUAAUAAUAAUAGCGGGUAAACACAUAACAGCAAAGAUGACAAACCCGGCAUUGGCCCUCUACAAAUACAAAACUAAUGUACAAUAACUUCGUGUUUGAAGGUUUGUUCGUGAACGUGUAUCACCACUUGUCACAAAUGAGGCUCAAUUUCUUUACGUGUGUCAUCUUGUCGGACCAUUUCUCCAGCGGUUUCUACAAGAACGACCAAGGUGUCUUCAAGAGGUAUUCACCCAAUCUUACACUUUUUAACAGGGUUGUCUUUUACGUUGCACAUCUUGUAAGAAUUGGUCUGCCGAAAAACUCUUUUCACAGUCCCUAAUUAUUUGUUUUGCAGUGCGAUGACAGGCACAGGAAGUUAAGGGUCGCGGGGGAAAAAGGAAAGGACUUUCCCGAUUUUUUUGUUUUUUUCUCUCGAUUUUCUUUUCGGAAGUCGGCGAUCUAGUCUGCUAAUCUGCUUACAGCUGAUUCCAAAGUGGAUGAACGUGGAAAGCGUGAAGCGUAGUGGUUUGUUCACAGUUGCUUGAAGGAGCGUUUUAACGGAACGGAAAAAGAAACCUGAACAUAGGUCAGCUGUUUUCUCCGUAUGAUCGAGGCACGCCAGGCGUAAGAACUUAUAUUCAGAUUCCUUGAUGAUAUCCCAGACUUAAAUACCUUUUGGGGUCGUCGCGUACACUUUACAUUUUCAAGUGACAACCUUUCUGGAAUCAGAUGUAUACAUAACCUUAAUGCCCGUCGCCUUAAGAAGCACUUUAUUGUGGAGGGAGUGACGUUGAAUGACGUAGGAAAGACCCUGGGAACGAGGUUGCCAUAUCCUGGCAUAUGUUAGUUCAGAAAGAGAAAGAGAAAUUCGUCUUCGUUUGCUUUUUCUCCAUAAAACGUGAAAUUAGAAAAAAGUGAAUGUACGUCGUAGUCGUGCAGUAUCGGCAAAGACUGAAAUGUUUGACGCUCUCGCCGUCGUGACAUCUUAAAGGUUAUGUUACAAGGGACGUUUUUCGCGUAUCACAGCGUUGCGACAUUCCAUUGUUUCGUUCCAACGCUGUUGCCUUAAAAAUCGUCGUUGUAAAUCGUCCUGUGUAAUAUCGCCUUUAAACUCUACAAUUUCUCCCAGCACCUUCGUCUACCCCUGGUUGCAAAGGAUGACACGAGGAACAUUCCCUUGACUUAGGAAACAGCAACGUCCAAAUCCGGACUUCCCCAAACACUUUCCACUAUUUCCUCUCCGCAGUAACGAGCGAGUGGUAAAUUAAAGGGGGCUGUAUGUCAUGGCUGUGUAAUUUAUUUUGUUCAGGGGCACCCAACGAGAAUAUAGUUCAAAACCACUUAAACAUAGCGUUUUUAAACGUAUUUUAGUAUUUAAACGGUAGAUAUAGGCAUAUUUUUAUCCCCUAAAAAUUUUUCAUCUGUUCGGAUUUCCUAGCUGAAAGUCUCGAGAUCCGAAAAUCAGAGGGAUCAAAACUUACCUUUUCGAAAAUUUCAGCCAGAAAAAAGGCUCCCGAAAAAUCUAGGUGAGCUUUUUAGGGUAAAAAUCCGUUAAAAAUGGGCAAUUACACCAAUUUUUAGAUGUUCGAAAAUCCUAGGAGAGGUAGGCAAGCAAAAAAUUUUACAAAAAAUGUUCCGAAAAUUCUAGAUCUCAAAUCGUCUUCCGAACAGAUAUUUUCCGAAAAUUGACGUUGGGUUCCCCCGUUUGUUAAUAAUGUCAAUUUUUAAUACGCAUCCUAAGUAGCCAUGGAACCGAGUGAGAAAUAACUUGUGAAAGGGAAUAUCUGAGCUUCGUGUCAAACAAAUAUGUACCUAAACAUUGUACCAAAGGUUAGGAACAACAAAAGUGAACUUUGAAUACUUGUUAGGCUAACAAAUUUUCAAAAACCACAAUUGCAAUCCGUUUCAAUCUUCUUCAUGCUCUGUCUGUCGGCGCAUCCUUCUGUAUUUGCUAAGUUAGUUAAACCUUCUUUUAAUGUUUAAAGCAGUUAUUUCUCAUGUUUUUCUUAGUUUGGUAGAAGCUCUCGCUGUUUGUAUUUUGAUAAAUUUCGUGACACAGCUGCUUUAAUGGUAGAGGAGUGACAUGGACAGUGUUAAUUAAGAGUCCUUUUUCAUGUUUACAGAUUGUUAUUGAACUGUAUCGUCUGCUAGAAAAAAUCAACAGAGAGGUGCAGUUUCUACAUCACACCGAUACAAUUUGUGACUUCUUGUAUCCUUUAUCACUCCUUUGUAGUUUCACUCUAAAAGUUGUAAAUUACUCUGUUCAUUAUUGUGUUACGUUUGCCGAAACAGAUUGUUUGUUAAGGUUCUUUAGCUUACGUCAGAUACCACAUCAAGUACAUGUUCAUAGGAGAUAUCGUUAAAGACGAAGUCCUAAAGAUCAUUCCUCAGUUACGGCAGUCAUUGCAGAUCCGUCUUCGGUUUAUGACCCAGAGUGUAAAGCGAGAUGAAAACUCAUAACUCAUGAAUGAAGCUUAGUACCAGUCCUCACUUUCAUUGCCUUGACCGCUGGAGGCUUGGUAAAGACCAAAAAAAGAGACCCAACCGUCACCAGCGUAACCAGCGUAGUGCUCUCGACCAGGGAUGAGAAUAAAGCUUUGUGACUACUAUUACUACUACUACUACAAGGCCUUGACAGGAGAAACUGAUGUCACUUCUUGCCGUCCCUGAUACAAGUAACUUAUGCAAAUGUGCCCAAGUACGACUUGCUACUACCAGAAAAAGUUUUGGAAGAGUGGGCACGAGCUUUCGGUACUAGGCUCUCCGGGAUUGUCUGGGCACCCAAAGUUAGUUUUGACUGAGGUUAUUUCGACUGCCAAUAAACGAUCACAGCUCGUACUGGCUGCCAGAUGAUGAAGAAAUCUCAGUCCUAAAAGUCUCCCCAGAGAUUCUGGAUUGGCAUUUAUUUGGAUGUUGGAAAGUGUUAGAAAGGGGGUCAUUUUCGACUGCUCUCACAAUUUAUGUUAGAGGACAUACAUACGUAGAUGUCCUUUUUAAGUGUUCGACCUCCAAAAUUUAACGGAAGACUACAUUUGGUCGCUUCAAGACUGUUCAGAACUCCUGUUGGAACAAGAUAUCAAAAGUCUCUAAAGCUCUCACGUCUUGGGGAACAAAUUAUCAUAAUGCAUUUAUUUCAACGUGCUUUUAAUUUAUUAAACAUUUUAAUUGGUAGACAAUGAGUGGUCCCUCAUUUUUCUGCCUGAAUAUCACCACCUGCAAGGAAGGUG